AUGGCUUAUCUGAUUCUCAAUAGAAUGAAAGGACUUGCAAAUGACAGAAGGAGAAAAAGCUACAUUGGUUCUAUUAAGGUGGAUGGAGUUCUUACCAAUGAGGAGAAAAAGAAUGGUAUUGUUGCCUUUUUCAGAACAUUUUUCAAUCUCAACAACAAAGAAUUGCUUCUGCAGAAGAAAGAUUGCAUAGAGGUGAUUAAGGAUUUGAGACCUAUAAGUCUUAUUCAUGAGGCCUAUAAAAUUGUCUCUAAAAUUUUAGCUGAAAGGUUUAAAGUUACUCUACCUGCUAUUAUUUCUCGACAACAAUCAACUUUUGUAAAAAAAAGACAAAUUUUGGAUGGUGUCUUAGUAGCUGAUGAGCUCAUUGAUUCAAGAAUUAGGAGUGGAAAACCAGGUUUGUUAUGUAAAGUUGAUUUUGAGAAAGCUUUUGACCAUGUGAACUGGAAUUUAUUGGAUGAUAUGUUCAAUCUCAUGGGGUUUGGAGAAAAAUGGAAAAGUUGGAUAAAGUGCUAUGUUGAAUAUGUUAUAUUUUCAGUGUUGGUGAAUGGUAGUGCAACUGGUUACUUUAAAAGAAAUAAAGGGAUUAGGCAAGGAGACCCAAUUUUACCUUUUCUUUUCUUAUUAGUUGAAGAAGCUCUCGCUUUCAUGAUUAAAAAAGCUCAAGAAGAAGGUCUUAUUUCUGGUUUUCAAACUAAAGAAGAUGGUAUUAUGAUUAAUUUUGCUAAAAGUCUGAUUUUUAGAGUUGCUUAUGAUAGUGAUUUAACUAUCUUCUCUUCUCUUCUGGGUUGCCAUAGUGGUACUCUGCCUACAACAUACCUUAGUUUUCCAUUAGGUGACAAAUGUUGUGGAGUAGAUAAAUGGGACAGAAUCAUUGAGAAGUUUAUUUCUAAACUUGCUGGGUGGAAGAAGAUUUUACUCUCUAGAGCAGGUAAGAUCACUUUGAUUAAUAGUGUUCUUAGUAGUAUUCCUAUUUACUACAUGUCUCUUUUUGAGAUGCAUGUUUCAGUCAUUAAGAAAUUAGAGAAAAUCAUGAGAGAUUUUUUGUGGAAUUAUAACAAAGGGAAGAAGAAGAUUCAUUUGGUUAAAUGGAGAACUUUAUGCAUAAGAAAAAAUUUGGGUGGUCUUGGGAUUAAAAGCUUGAAGAAGAUGAACAAAGCUUUACUCUCAAAAUGGACUUGGAGGUUUGCUGUGGAAGAUGGUAUUCUUUGGAAAGCAAUUGUUUCUGAAAAUAUGGUUGUGAAGAUGCUAAAUGGAUUUCAAAAACCCCUAAAUGCAUGUACGGAGCCUAUUAAAACUAGUUAUCCUAACUUGUAUGCUUUAUCCAGAGCUAGGCAUCUUUCUGUAGCUGAAAUCUGCAAUACAGAUGGACCUGCUUAUUCUUGGAAUCUUCAAGUUCCAACAAGGCUCAAUGUUGCUGCAAGAACUGAGUAUCACAUUCUCAUGCUAUAUUUAUCCUCUUUCAGGUUCAAUAAUCUUAAAUGCCCUCCAAAAGUUGGGUUUUUCUUCUGGUUGAUUGCCUAUAAUAGAUUCCCCACUAGAGAUCUUCUGACAAAUAGAGGAAUUGAAGUUCCUGCAACUUGUGUUUUUUGCAAUAGCCGUGAAACUAGUGCAUAUCUACUUCUUCACUGCUCCUUUGCUACAGAUGUGUGGAAUAAUUUCUUAGCAAAUCUGAAAUGGUUUUGUAGUGUGCACAUGGAUAUAAUACCAUCUUUACAGGCCUGUAAUCUACCUCAACUCAAUGCAGCUACUUAG